CCCCACCCCGGCUGGACCGAGCCGAGGCCCGCCCGGCGCGCGGGCCGCAGCUGCCUGCAGGGCUUCGGGGACGGCUUCGUCCCGCUCCCCGCCUGGGCGGAGCGCCUGGCGGAGCGCGCCCAUCUCGGGAUGGAGCCGAUGGGCGAGGACUGCCUCUACCUGAACGUGUUCUCGCCCGACGUGGAGUCGACAGGACUUCCCUGUGUUCUCUUCGUCUCGCCAUGGUGUUUUUCCACGGCGGCAGCUACCUUGGAGGUUCUGGCGAGUUGCAGUCAGGGUAUCCUCUUUACGACGGUCACAUACUCUGUUCCGAGGGUGAAGUUGUGGUGGUUACCGUGA